CGCGGGCAGAGCCGACCUUCGACAUGGACAGCGGCGAUAGCGAGAGCGUCCACGCCGCAGCACAGCGCAGCGACAGUCGCGGGUCUCCUCGGCCUGGUGCUGGUGCGAGCUGCGAGCGGGGCGUACCACAGGGAGGAUGCAGGCCGUGCAGUUGGACGCGAGCACGGGCCAGCUGCAGCUGCGCGUGGUGGACGUGCCACGUGCCCGGGGCGAGGACGUGCUCGUGCAGGUGGCCUUCUCGGGGGUCUGCGGCACGGACCUGCACGCCAUGCAGGGCGGCUUCCCGUGUCGCCAGACGGGCCCGCUCACCCUGGGGCACGAGUUCUGCGGCGUGGUGCGGGCAGUCGGCGACCAGGUGCGCGUCGUCAAGGUCGGCGACCGAGUGGCCGUCAACCCCAAGAGGGGCUGCGACAGGUGUGGCCUCUGCCAGGACGGCCGGUACCAGUUCUGCGAGGUGGACGCGGCGGCCCACUCGGUGGGCAUGUGGCGCGACGGCGGCUGGGCCGAGCUGUGCCUCGUGCCCGAGAAGAACCUGCACCGGCUGCCCGCCGGCAUGAGCCUGAGGCAAGCCUCGCUGAUGGAGCCCUUGUCGUGCGUCGUGCACGGCUGGGAGCUGGCGGCGCCCCUGCCCGUGGGCAGCCGGGUGCUGGUGCUGGGGGCGGGCGUCAUCGGCAACCUGUGGGCGGCCCUGCUGCACCACCACGGCCACCGCCAAGUCACCGUCAGCGAGCCGCUCGAGGGUCGCCGCCGGGCGCUGCACAAGCUGGGGACGGGCUACGAGGUGGUGAGCCCCGCCGAGCUGCGCGCCAAGCCGGCCGGCUGGACGGUGGACCUGGUGGUGGACUGCAGCGGCCACGCGCCCGCCGUGCAGCACGCGCUGGGGCUGCUGGGGCCCGGCGGCACCCUGCUGCUGUUCGGGGUCGCUCCUCCGCGGGCCGUCAUCAGCAUUUCUCCGUACGACAUGUACAAAAACGAGCUGAAAAUAAAGGCGGUGAAUCGGAACCCCUUCACCUGCAACAAGGCACUUGGACUCAUCGAAGCGAUGGGUGACAGAUACAUCGACUUCGAAAAGCUGGGAGUGAAGACAUUUCGCCUGACCGAGUACAAGUCGGCAAUCGAAGAGCUCGCCAAAGGGUCGAUAUCGAAAGCUAUGUUCGAAGUUGAUGCCGAGUUCCCGAAAGGCGCUUAGAUAGGCCAGCGAACCACCGAAUAUCGAAGUAUCGAGAAAACGAUACUUGAGGUCGUGUGCGCUUUGCCACCGCAGCGAGAAGAAGUGAAAGUUGUAAACAAAAGUUAAACUUUCCCUGACACUGUAUUCCUCUGCCGCAUUUAACUUGCGACAAACGGAAUAUUUUAUGCUUAUUUUUGUUUUUGUUUUAGCAUAACUCAUUAAAGCCUAUUAUUGAGCAGAUGCUCAUACUACAGAAUGACGGAAUAAAUAAAUAAAUAAAUGUGACAAAA